UUUGCUUUGGCCACAGACGACGCACGGAUGCAGACGAUUACCCUCCUCCUUUGCGCGAUGGCGGCCACGACGACCGCCCAAAGUACGCCGAUCAACCACGCGUGCUCGGACGCCGACCUCAUCACGGCCAUCACGCCGGUUGCGCUCACGUCGGCGACCACUCUCAACCAGUGCGCCAAGGACACGGGGCUCUCGAUCGAGGCCGUGCCCGUGCCGGCCAACGUCACGCCUGCCCAAGUCAACGCGCUCCUCCAGAGCUCGAGCUGCGCGGCGUUCUACGCCAGCAUCCAGUCGGCGAUCGCAAAGAUCUCACCCGCGUGCUACUUGGUGACGACCCCCGUGCCCGUCACGUCGGCACAGAUCAUGUCCGUGCCGUUCAAGGACUACGUCAUGGCUCUCCAAGGCUCGGCGACCGGUGCGCCGGGUAUGACGACGACUACCAAGCCGUCAACGACAACUGCACCGACCGGCAACUCGACGGCUGCACCCGGUAGCUCGACGACCGCGCCGGGCAGUUCCACCGUUGCGCCGGGCGGCACGACGCUGGUGCCUGGCAACUCGACCACGGCCCCGGGCAACUCGACCACUGCACCGGGCAACUCGACGGCGUCGCCCAUCACGGACACGGUUGUGACCAAGACCCCGUCGUCAAGUGCGGCGGUGGCGCCAGCGACGACGACGCCGAAGGCCACAUCGUCGGCAUCGAUCGUUGUCCCGACGCUCGCCACGCUUGCGUUCGUUGCUGCUGCCGUCAUCGUCUAACCGAUUUUCUAUCAUCCUAGCUAUUGUGUGCCACUCUAUGAUUUCAAUAUAAACCUUUCGUAAUCCAUCAAGA